AUGAAGCUCGAGAUUUGCUCCUUCUCUGGAUUCAAAAUCUAUCCUGCCAAGGGUAAGACCUACGUCCGUAUUGAUAGCAGAACCUUCAAAUUUAUCAAUGGUAAGGCCGAAUCUUACUUCCUUCAACGUUUGAACCCUCGCAAGAUUCGAUGGACCACCAUUUAUCGUCGUUUGAACAAGAAGGGUGUUACUGAAGAAGUCGCCAAGAAGCGUUCUCGUCGUACUGUCAAGCAUGAACGUGCUAUUGCUGGUGCCUCUUGGGAUGCCAUUCGUGCCAAACGUAACCAAAAGCCUGAUGUUCGUGCUGCUGCCCGUCAAGCUGCUAUUGCCAAGUCUAAGGAAAGCAAGAAGGCUGCUCAAGCUGCUAAGAAAGCUUAA